GACGGAAGCUGCGUUGCUGGUUAGCGCGAGGGGGUUUGACGUGUCGGGUACGGUCGCGUGGACUCCCGGGAGCCCCGAGAGAUUUCAUAUUUUGGAUCUGGCUGUCUUAUAAUGAGUGACACUUUGGUGUCAGGUGUCAUUGGCCGAAGAGUUGAAGUCAAUGGAGAACGAGCAACUGUGCGUUUUUCUGGUGUUGUUCCACCUGUGGCAGGUCUCUGGUUAGGAGUAGAAUGGGACAAUCCUGAGAGAGGAAAACAUGAUGGGAGCCACGAAGGGACUGUGUAUUUUAAAUGCAGGUACCCAACAGGAGGAUCCUUUAUUCGUCCAAACAAGGUAAAUUUUGGAGUGGACUUUCUCACUGCACUAAAGAAGCGAUAUGUGCUAGAAGACGGGCCAGAGGAUGAUGAGAGAGAGCAGGUUGUUAGAAUUGGAAGUAAAGCUGUGGAAACUGUUGGUUUUGACUCUAUCUUAAAGCAGCAGAGUCAGCUGAGCAGGCUGCGGGACAUUUCUCUGAGCAAGUGUGCAGUGUGUGGCGCUGGUGAGAAAGGAAGGAUUGCCGAAGCAUGUCCUAAUAUUAGGGAAGUGGAUUUGUCUCAGAACCUAUUAUCAUCCUGGGAUGAAGUGACUCAAAUUGCUGGUGAGCUGGCACUUCUGGAGGCUCUUAACCUCAGUGAAAAUAAACUACAGUUUCCCUCUGACUCACUGUCUCUAACCGGAACAUUUUCUACACUGAAAGUUUUAGUUCUGAAUCAAACAGGAAUAACAUGGGCUGAGGUGCUUUGGUGUGCCCCAGAGUGGCCAGUCCUCCAGGAACUGUACCUAGCCUCCAAUGGUAUCUCCAUCUCAGAAAGACCGACCGAUGUGCUGCAGACAGUCAAGUUAUUAGACCUUUCCUCAAAUCCAAAUAUCAAUGAAAACCAGCUAUUCCUCAUAGCCUACCUACCCAGAUUAGAACAAUUGAUCCUUUCCAACAUUGGACUCUCUUCUUUACAUUUUCCGGAUGCUGAAAUUGGGGGUAAAACAUCAAUGUUCCCAGCCUUGCAGUACCUGGUGGUAAAUGACAAUCAGAUAUCCCAAUGGGCAUUUAUCAAUGAGCUCGAUAAGUUGCAGAGCCUGCACGCCUUGUCCUGCAUCAGAAACCCCUUGACUGAAGGAAGCAAAGAGGCGCAGAACACACGCCAGCUAAUCAUUGCCAAAAUUGCUCAGCUGAAAUCCCUGAACAAAUGUCAGAUUUUCCCAGAGGAACGACGUGGAGCAGAGCUGGAUUAUCAGAAGGCUUUUGGAAAUGAAUGGAAAAAAGCUGGUGGACACCAGGAUCCAGACAGAAACAGACCAAAUGAAGAAUUUCUUGCUGCCCACCCUAGAUUCCAGCUUCUCUGUGACAAAUAUGGCACACCUGAAGAUGGGGAACUCAAAGUACAACAGCCGUUCAUGCUCAAAAAUCAGCUACUCACACUGAAGAUAAAAUAUCCAAGUCAGCUUGACCAGCAAGUUCUGGAGAAGCGACUGCCAGACUCCAUGACAGUCCAAAAGGUGAAGGGACUAUUCUCACGGCUUCUCAAGGUUCCUGUGUCAGAUAUUCUGUUGUCAUAUGAGAGUCUCAAAAUGCCGGGCAGAGAAAUUGAACUACAAAAUGACCUAAAGCCAUUACAGUUUUAUUCUAUGGAAAAUGGAGAUUGUCUAUUAGUGCGAUGGUAACGACCAAUGGUGGAUAGACUGAUGGGCCCACUGAAAAACCAUAUCUAGGCUUGUAUAUAUAAUAGCAAUAAUAAAGGCUUUGACUAAUGA